GACUCAGCUUCAGCCUCAGGAGGAGACCUCCGAUCCUGCUGGGGUCUCCUGGCUGGGAGUGACCACAGCUGGAGAGUCCUCUUGUGCCAAUGAUCCUUCCCAAUUCCUCCUGCAUCUCAGAAGACAAGAUGUGUGAGGGCAACAAGACCACCAUGGCAAACGUGCAGCUGAUGCCGCUCGUGGUGGUCCUGAGCACCAUCUCCCUGGUCACCGUCGGACUCAACCUGUUGGUGCUGUGCGCCGUCCGAAGUGAGCGGAAGCUGCACACAGUGGGCAACCUGUACAUCGUCAGCCUGUCGGCAGCAGACCUGAUCGUGGGCGCCGCCGUCAUGCCCAUGAACAUCCUCUACCUUCUCAUGACCAGGUGGUCCCUGGGCCGGCCUCUCUGCCUCUUCUGGCUUUCCAUGGACUACGUGGCCAGCACGGCAUCCAUUUUCAGCGUCUUCAUCCUGUGCAUUGACCGCUACCGCUCUGUCCAGCAGCCCCUCCGGUACCUGAGGUAUCGAACCAAGACCCGGGCGUCGGUCACCAUCCUGGGAGCCUGGCUUCUUUCCUGCCUGUGGAUCAUUCCCAUCGUCGGCUGGCGUCGCUUUCUGCCGCACAGCCCGAGGCCCCGGGACGACAAGUGCGAGACAGACUUCUACGACGUCACCUGGUUCAAGAUCAUGACGGCCAUCAUCAACUUCUACCUGCCCACCGUGCUCAUGCUCUGGUUUUACGCCAGGAUCUACAGGGCCGUGCGGCAACACUGCCAGCACCGGGAGCUCAUCAGCAGGUCCCUCCCGGCCUUCUUAGAGAUCAACCUGCGGCCAGAGAAUCCCAAGGUGGGUGGCAAAAAGCCCGGGAAGGAGUCCCCGUGGGAAGUUACGAAGAGGAGGCCAAAAGAUGCAGGUGGUGGCCCUGCCUCGAAGUCACCAACCCAAGUCCCUGCGGAGACGAAAUCUCCAGCUGGGCUCAGCCGAGAGGAGGCCGGAGAGGAGGCCACGCUCCACUGCUUCCCGGUUAACAUGGUGCAGACAGCGAUGGUGGCCCAGGGGAGCAGCCCAGGCUAUGCCGCCAUCGGCCAGCCCAGGAGCCAGCUCACGGCAGGGGAGCAGAGCCUGGGCGCGCGUCGCAUCAGCGAGCUGUCAGAGGACCAGAUGUUGGGGGACAGCCAGUCCCUCUCCCGGACGAUGGACUCUGACGCCACCACGGAGCCAGCGCCGGGCAGAGGCACGCUGAGAAGUGGGUCCAGCACAGGCCUGGAUUACAUCAAGUUCACCUGGAAGCGCCUGCGCUCCCACUCGAGACAGUACGCGUCGGGGCUGCACAUGAGCCGGGAGCGGAAGGCCGCCAAGCAGCUGGGCUUCAUCAUGGCGGCCUUCAUCCUCUGCUGGAUCCCCUACUUCAUCUUCUUCAUGGUCAUUGCCUUCUGCAAGAGCUGUUGCAAUGAGCACGUGCACAUGUUCACCAUCUGGCUGGGCUACAUCAACUCUACGCUGAACCCGCUCAUCUACCCCCUGUGCAACGAGAACUUCAAGAAGACGUUCAAAAAGCUCCUACACAUUCGUUCCUAA